ACACAGUAAGGUAGGUCCGGCCACCCCAGUUCUUCGGACUGGCGUGAUCGGAAAGCCCGGACAGCCCGGAAACUGACCCAACCCAACAACCCACUGUCAUCGGAAACAUCUCUCGCGCCUAUCGCUUAGACAUCGUUGUUACGCGGUGCGACCAGAAGACAUUCUUCUACCUCGAAGCUAUAGACAUUUUGCUCGACUACGCCGAUAUGGAUUACGUCCAGGAGCGCAUGGUCCAAGAGGCCACCCGAGACACGGCCGAGCUCUACACGGGGCUCGUGACGCCUCUCAACCUCAUCCUCGUCGCCAUCACCCUCUACACGACCUAUCUGCUCUACAAGCCCGCGCCACCAGCCACACUCCCGCGCGAGCCACCCGCCGUCGUCUUCCGCACCUUCACCCCACACGUCCUGCUACCCUACAACGGCACCAACGGCAUGCCCGUGUACAUGGCCGUCCGGGGCCGUGUUUUCGACGUCACUAGCGGCCGCAAUUUCUACGGGCCGGGCGGGCCAUACGAGAACUUCGCUGGUCGCGACGCCAGCCGUGGUCUCGCGUGCCACAGCUUCGACGAGGAGAUGUUAACUAAGGACCUCGAUGGCCCGCUUGAUACACUCGAAGGCCUCGGCGCCGAGGAGAUGGAGAGCUUGCAGGGCUGGGAGGAGAGGUUUCUCAGCAAGUACCUUGUUGUUGGCAAGCUGGUCGCCCAGGGCGAGAAAUGAGCAAGUGCUUUGCUUUCUCCAAACGAACGCUCCUAUAUCUUAUUUCAUCGCCCGUCGAGAGACACGAUAUUGGCAGUUAGCUCGGAAUGACAUAUGAAUUUAAGAUAUGAUUGAUCUUGGUUCCUAGAGUCAAGUCAGUAUGCCCAACCGUCGGAAUCCACGUGCCCUGAAGCCCUGCUUCGGCCACAUCCCAGGACAUGGCAGCGAUGUAGUUGUAUGCCACUGAGUAUGUAUACUACUAGGUGAGUGCUAAGUUUGUGAAACUAGACGAUAUUACUAGACACGCCUGUCGCCGUACCCUAAAGCUGCAACAUCUCUAUCUCAUGGCUAUAUUUUGCAUAGUUUGUCUUCGUACUCUCUGGUAUUAGUGAAUGACGCAAGUUACUAUGCAAGCGUAUGUGCCAUUUACGAAAUCUCUUGAAUGUGACCCGAGUUAAUGCUGUUGGAGACGGUAUUUAAAGGCAUUCAAGACGGUCACAUAUUAUUUCGAUGAAUUUCAUUAAGGGAUUCUGGACAAGUCUCACUCGAAGCGUCAUGCGAGACUCUUCAGAGAGUUGCUACAUGACUCAUAUUUGCAAAUUGAAUUCAAGAGUGAGUCCUAUGGCACAGAAUCAUGAAGCCAUAUGAUACACAAUUGAAUAGUGUGAUCCCGAAUAUAACAAGGGCGGAGAUAUAGGCUUAGAACUUAAUACUAUCCACAAUACAACAGUCUAGCAAGGUUAUAAAAGCCCUUAUCUAAUUAAUUCCUCC